AUGGGCGCCGCAUCAGACGGCUUAGGUAUGGGGUGGCGCGCGCGCAUCGCCGCCAUGCGGGAGUCCCGCAAACUGGUGUUGGUGAUUGUCGCCAUAGCUCUGCUCCUCGAUAAUAUGCUUCUCACCACUGUUGUACCAAUAAUCCCGGAGUUCCUGUACGACAUUCAACAUCCGGACGCGCCCCUCUCCAUGGCGUUGGAAGACAUCACCACACCUGUACCACCCACGGCACCCUACUGCCCCUGCCUCAAUGUCACCAGCGUACCACUGGAGAACGUCACGCAUAUGAACAUCACAGCCCAGAAGGAGGCCCGGCAUCAGGAGCUGAUACAUGAGACAGUGGCCGUCGGUGUCAUGUUCGCGAGCAAAGCCAUAGUGCAACUGAUAGCUAACCCAUUCGUUGGACCUCUGACCCACAAAAUCGGAUACAGCGUGCCCAUGUUCACUGGAUUCAUCUUGAUGUUUCUCUCCACGAUAAUAUUUGCAUUCGGUCGAUCCUACAGCGUGUUAUUCAUUGCCCGCGCGUUGCAAGGUAUUGGUUCGUCGUGCUCUUCCGUUUCCGGUAUGGGGAUGUUGGCUGAGCGAUAUCCGGAUGACAAGGAACGUGGUAACGCAAUGGGUAUUGCUUUAGGAGGUUUGGCCUUGGGCGUUUUGAUCGGACCACCAUUCGGCGGACUCAUGUACGAGUUUGUCGGCAAGACAGCACCCUUCCUCAUGCUGUCUGCUCUGGCUUUGGGAGACGGAUUGCUGCAACUUAUGAUCCUUCAGCCUGGAGUUGUGCGUCAGGAAACCGAUCCACCAUCACUCAAAGCCCUCAUCACUGACCCAUACAUCUUGGUCGCUGCAGGAGCAAUAACCUUCGCAAACGUGGGCAUAGCUAUGCUGGAGCCAAGUCUACCGAUCUGGAUGGCAGAUACCAUGGAAGCACGUCGAUGGCAGCAGGGUGUCGCGUUUCUACCUGCCAGCAUCUGCUAUUUGAUUGGCACAAACCUUUUCGGACCUCUUGGCCACAAAAUGGGACGCUGGCUGGCCGCCUGCUCUGGACUAAUUAUCAUUGGAUUGUGUUUGAUUCUGAUCCCAAUGGCCCGUAAGCUGGAACACUUGAUAAUCCCGAACGCUGGUCUCGGCUUCGCGAUUGGCAUGGUCGAUUCAUCCAUGAUGCCGGAGUUAGGUUUCUUGGUUGAUAUUCGUCAUGCUGCAGUAUACGGAUCGGUCUAUGCAAUUGGUGACACUGCGUUCUGCUUGGGAUAUGCUGUUGGUCCAGCAUUCUCCGGCACCCUCGUGAACAGCAUCGGUUUCGAGUGGAUGUUGGUAAUCAUCGCAAUACUCAACUUUGCGUAUGCGCCGGUUCUGUUGCUACUACGUUCGCCACCCGCUAUCAAUGAGAAACAGAGUUUGAUUAUCAGCGAGAAAUCAUCAGUUCGCUACGUGAGCUACCAAAACGAGGAAGAAGAAUAA